AUGUCAAUGCAGUGUUCAGUAGUUAUACAAAGUAAUCGGGGUUUUCAAGAGAUUCCAGAAGAAACUUGUUUCGUUCAACUUAAAAAGAGUUUCCUCACCUUGAACCUGAGUGAAGCUGCCGACGAGUACGAUGGUGUGGUUGAUUUUGCCAACAACGUAGUGGGAGGUUGUGCUUGUUGUGCAGGGAGGAGGAGUGGACAGAGAGGUUCUGCUUAUUUUCAAUUGAACGACCACACGUACAAAGUUAGAAAAGAGAUGCAGUCGCUGUACAUUUCAACAAAGCAGAAGGAAGAUGCCGAUGCGCGUUCGACAAUCGGAAGGCAGGCAUGA